AUUUCGCGUGGUUUGUGAGGAGGGAUGCGACGUACGGCUGGCCUCAGCGACACUUGUUUAUCAUGCCUGCUUGUUUUCGCUGGUCUGUUCUCAUGGUAGGCUGUAGCAGCCCGACUCUCAAUAGAGGCCCAUGCUAGCCUGCGUGAGUCGUGCAUACAUACGCGACAACGCUCGUCUUCUCAACUUAUCAGUGUGUUCUAUCGCCGCCUAAGGAUUCUCUGCGCGCGUGUGUACGUACGUGAGUGUGUGCGUGUGAGUUCCACCUCUUCGACCAUCAUACUCUCGGUUGGUCUUGAUCGUUGUGUAGUUUGUAGUGUGUUCGCAGUUCUUUCUUACACCAUCGUAUUAUGAUCUAAAACGGCAGUGAUUUGAGUUAUUUCUUCCGAAAUGGUGGCUAGGAAACAAGACAUCACCCAUUAGGACCUUAUUCAGGAUUCUGUUGGACAUAUUCAGUCUGUGAUGACUGAGAUUGCGUGAGGUGAUGAAACGAUUUUGAGGGGAUCUCGAGCAGGGUAUGAUUCUUUGGACUAGCUGUGCAAUUAAAAGUUUGAAUUUUAAUUGAAAAUAGCUAGACGUUUUGAUUAAUUCUCUGUUUUCCGUGAAUACCAACACCUACUAGGUUCAUCAGUGACACGCUCACUCUGUCAGAUUCUUCGUUCAACCUUGGAAGUAAUUAGGAGAGGAUACUAGAUUCUACCCUUACAGUGUGUGUGCGUGUGUCUGUGUGCGUUGAGCAACAACUUGAAAAGAUUCCCAAAAGCUUCUUCAGAGCAUGGAUGCAGUGCUGCAGCAGUCAAGAGACAGACCCGGGCGGAGCAGGGAGUACCCCGAAUUACCGCCAUUUGCCUGAGCGUGUUGGUCGUUACCCCUUUGCCUUCCGCACGCUGACGACUGUGGCGCUACCGUUGUCAUCGUGCCAGAAUAAUGCCUGUGCGUCGCGGCCAUGUGGCCCCUCCAAACAUCUUCAUCGACACCAUCAUCCGAAAAUUCGAUGGACAAAACCGGAAAUUCGUCAUUGCUAACGCCCAGGUGGAGACCGUUCCUAUUAUCUUCUGCAAUGACGGCUUCUGUGAACUCACGGGCUACUCACGUGCAGAGGUCAUGCAGAAGUCGUCCCUGUGUGACUUCCUACACGGCCCGCUCACAAACGGGUUGGCCAUAUCCCAGAUCCGGGACUUCCUGCAGGGAUCGGAAGAGAACCAGGUGGAGAUUCUCUACUACAAGAAGGACGGGACGCGGUUCCUAUGCAGUGUGCUGGUGGCUCCGGUGAAGAAUGAAACAGGGGACAUAAUUAUGUUUAUCAUCAACUACGAGGACAUCACCGAGACCGCAACCAAGAAUGAACUGAAAAAAUUCACCAACAAUCGCCAUCGUAGUUUUAAACUGCGCCUCCCCUCCAUCAGGCGGGAUAUUCGCACUCGAGGGAAAUCUUCUGUAGAUCGCACGCAGCAGCAGCAGCAACAGCAACAGCAGCAGCAACAGCAACAACAGCAGCAAGGUGAUCCGGAGAACCCUCCUUUGCCUGAGGAGAAUGUUCCUCUCAACAGCAUGGGGCAAGGCAGCGGGGUGGAAGACGUUGCGGGUGCAGGGGAGGGGGGCGCCUAUAGUCCACAGUCCCGACUACCUCCAACACACGCGUCUAUCAAAGAAGAAGAGGAAGAGGAUGAUGAUACGGAUAAGUAUUUCGGAGGAAGGAGAGGAGAUAGAAGAGGUAGGAGUGAAGUAGAUGGAACUGGCGAUGAAAAGGCGGAGCAGAAAGAACUGUUACUCUUCCACGACGGGUCAGAUGGGAGCCGGGGACAGCCUGAUGGUGACGGAGCGACGGCAGAUGGCGGUACGCAGAGCCUGGACGGAGCUGGUCUAGGCCCCACAGUGUCCAAUCAUGUCAAGUCUAAUUACGUCAAUCAAGCCUCGAGUGACAGUGAGCUGCACCGCCAGAGGCUCCGCCCACUCACCGACAGCCUCAGCAACCUGGCGGACGCUGCCAACAAAAAAGCCGGGGACAAGGAGGGCGUGGUGGCCUCCCGGGGCAUCAUACUGCCCAAUGUGGCCAACAUGAAACAGAACGUCUCCGAGAAAGUGGCACAGGUCCUCUCGCUGGGAGCGGAAGUGUUGCCGGAGUACAAGCUGCAGUCCCAACGUAUCCACAAGUGCACGCUCUUGCACUACUCACCCUUCAAGGCCGUGUGGGACUGGGUCAUCCUGCUCCUGGUCAUCUACACAGCUAUCUUCACGCCCUACGCCGCUGCCUUCCUGCUGAGCGAGGAGAGGAAACAGAAAACACGAGCCACGAUACAAGAGCGCUACUCCGAGCCGCUGACCAUCAUUGACCUAAUCGUGGACAUCAUGUUCAUCAUCGACAUCUUCAUCAACUUCAGGACGACCUACGUGAACAAGAACGACGAGGUGGUGAGUCACCCGGGGAAGAUUGCCGUCCACUACUUCAAGGGCUGGUUCCUCAUCGACGUGGUGGCUGCUAUCCCGUUUGAUUUACUGCUCUUUGGGUCGGAGACGGAUGAGACGACGACAUUGAUCGGACUGCUGAAGACAGCCCGUCUCCUCCGCCUGGUCCGAGUGGCGCGAAAACUGGACCGUUACUCCGAGUACGGCGCGGCCGUCUUGCUGCUGCUCAUGGCCACCUUCGCGCUGAUCGCCCAUUGGCUGGCCUGUAUCUGGUACGCCAUAGGCAACAUGGAGCGGAACCUCGGGCCUGAUCGGACGCCGCGAAUCGGAUGGCUGGAUGAACUAGCACGUCAGACCCACCAGUACUACAACGCGUCGGAUGACAGUAGCGGCCCGACCAUCAAGUCGAAAUACGUGACGGCUCUGUACUUCACUUUCUCCAGUCUGACCAGUGUGGGCUUUGGGAACGUGUCGCCCAACACCAACUCGGAGAAGAUUUUCUCUAUCCUCAUUAUGCUGAUCGGAUCCCUAAUGUACGCCAGCAUCUUCGGUAACGUCAGCGCCAUUAUCCAGCGCCUGUAUUCCGGAACCUCGCGGUACCACACACAGAUGCUGCGUAUCAAGGAGUUUAUUCGGUUCCACCAGAUACCGAAUCCUUUACGGCAGAGACUGGAGGAGUACUUUCAGCAUGCCUGGUCGUACACAAAUGGCAUUGACAUGAAUAUGGUCUUAAAGAGUUUCCCAGAGUGCAUUCAAGCAGACGUGUGUCUUCAUCUCAACAGAAACCUGUUACAAAAUUGUCCAGCUUUCAAGAGUGCCAGUCCGGGCUGCCUCCGGACUUUGUCCAUGAAGUUCAAAACCACACACGUCCCCCCGGGAGACACGCUGGUACACAGAGGGGAUGUCCUCACAGCUCUCUACUUCAUCUCCAGGGGAUCCAUAGAGAUACUUAAGGAUGACAUUGUUGUAGCUAUUUUAGGCAAAGAUGAUGUCUUUGGAGAGAAUAUCUGUAAGCAUGAAACUGUGGGCAAGUCUAGCUGCAACGUGAGGGCUCUCACCUACUGUGAUCUCCACAAGAUUCACCGCAACGAUCUACUGGAGAUUCUGGACAUGUACCCAGAAUUUGCGGAAGAGUUUAGGAAAAAUUUGGAGGUCACCUUUGACCUGAGAGACGAGCACUGUAUGGUCAGGGUUCCUGAUGAUGAAAUGAGCUCCAGAAGAAACUCCCGCUUCCGUCGGUCCAUCAAGUCGGCUCCUUACCUGGGACAGUUCAACUCCGACUCCCAAGAACUGGCAGCUGACAUUCCUGUGAUGAACACAGCAGCCGAUGAGAGCACCAAUGUCCAAGUUUAUAGGAACUCUCGACUCCGCCCCCGGAGGUCUCAGGAGGAAACUGCGCAGGACUCCAUGGAAUACCCGAGUGAUGAGGACAUCCGAGAAAGUGGAGCUGGCAUUCUCGAGUUCACCCCAGCCAAAGCGGGCAUGGACAUGACACCAGCCAACUUUGACUUUGAAACCAAAGAUGAAAAGAAAAGGACUGCUACAGGUCUUUCAAGCUUAGCUGCUGGGGCACUGUCAAGUGUCUCCAACACCUUGAUGAACGUCGUGUCCAACCGCUACGAGGGAAACAAGAGGAGUCAAGAAUUAGCUCCCUUAUUGCAGGACCAGAAUGCCAGUCCUGAAGCACAUGCAAGAGGUGCUGCCCUGUCCUGUAUGCCCAAGUGCUCGUCCAGUAUGACCUUACCCAUGUCCAGCACCUCCAGCUACUCGCACUUUGACCCCCAAGGACAGAUGAUUAUGUCCGUGCCAGCCCUCAAUCAAGUCGACCCUGGACCAUUCAGCCCUUCCUCACCCAUGGAGGUGGAACGUAGACUCAAUGAGCUCUCUAGACAACUGACCCGAUUGGAGCACAAAAUGGGCUCGGACAUUGCCCUUAUCCUCCACGUGCUGCAGGCACAGGGUCACAGUCAGUUCACGACCUCCCCAUCCACACCCCCUCCUCCCCCACCCAGAAUGGCUGAGACAGAUACAUUCCCAAGUCCCCCCGCUGCAGAUUAUCAUACCGUCUCUGAGUAUCCCUCCCCUCCCCCUAGCUUCCCACCUCCACCCACAAACGAUAUGACUGCGGUUGGAGGGAUGGAUCCUUCAUGGUUGCCUCAUUCGUCAUCCUUGGAUAGUUCCAUGCCGCCACCUCCCCCUAUAUCUUCAUACCCAUUGGCCAGUCAUUCCACGUACCCGACAGUGUCUCAACUCCCUGACCCUAUCUCGCUCCCAAGCCUCCCCCCCUACGGACUGCCACCAUCUAGCCAAUCAGGGAGCUCCACUCCGACCUCCUCCAGCCUCUCUAUGCUGAGUCAGCUGACCACAAUAGACAGAGACAACCAAUCACUGGCUUCCACAGCUGAUUCUUCUUCUGUUCAGGCUUCAGCUGCAAGCCAAUUACCCAUUGUGCCUACGCCAACUGAAGGGGACUUCCAUCUUCCAGAGGCUUUCCAUGACCCGUACCAGCCUCGUAUCGCUGGAUCAUCCGGGGAGACGGAGGGCGCACUGACUCUAGAGCAACGAAGGCAGUAUGGUCUCCCUGAAGACUCGGAUGAUUAUAAUGACACCCUCGUGUGACACUUUAAAUGUUUAUAUACAUUCAAACUCGGACGAAUGACUGCAGAUGAAGAAAAAGCUAAUGAUGUGGACACCCAAUAUAUUGUUUCAAUCACUUAUAAGCACCCAAAUACAAAUCCGAUGCAUGGAUCCUGUGUACAGCUGUAAUAAUAUAAACAAACCUCAAUGUGAUCAUGUAGUGAUAUUCACUGUGAGUGGAGUAAGCGAGCACUGAUGACUUUCUGUGAUAGUUUUCUCUACACGGAGGACACUGCAGGCUGGCCUUAGUCUGAGACAGAGGAUAUGAGGCACGGCCCAAUGCCCUGGUCAACCGGUCUUUGAUAAAGCUAUAUAAAGGUGUAUGAUUUAAUAUAUUAUUCUUUCAAAUGUCUACAGAGAGGUUUUGUUUGAUGCUGUGGGGCACGUGUUAGCAUGAUUGAAUAGUUUGAGCGCUGUGACUGUUUUAAUUUAUUCUUCGCAUGAGAGGAAUACAGGAUGUGUGAGUUUAUGAGGAUGUUCUGAAUACAAUGAAAUCAUACUCAUUGAUAGUUCUUUAAACUGUUCAGGUUAUCUUAACUUAUACACAUCUUAUUACGGUUGUGAAGGCAUAGUUACCCAUGAUACGUUUUGUCUGUAGAUUGUUUUGAAUAAUGUGUAGGAUCAUAUUUACUUGCUCAUCCAUGAAUUGCACCUCACUUCAAUGACAUUGUUGGCGACUUUGAUUCUUUUGGCAACCCAAUGCUCAUGUUCACUGACUGCUUCACAAGAGCUAGGAUAGAGAGCUGCCAGUUUUUAUGAUAAAGCAUGUUGUCCAUAUCAUCUGAAUGGUUAAAAAUCUGUUACAAAACUGCAGCAAAAUAUUUGUGAAAAGUUAGCCAUUUUUUUUUCGUGGCAGAAAUGUUAGUUUUUAUAUUUUUAUAAUGCAUUGUUGAUAAACGCCCUACUACUGUCACCAUUUCAUCGCAAGAGGGAGGUUGUGGAAAAUGUCUCAGUGAUUUAUUCAUGACUGAUGAUAGAUUCCGCGCAUUUUGUUAAAACUUUUAUUGGGGCCACAGAAUGUUGAGUGCCAAAGAAUCUAGAAAUGUCAAUGUUUAGAUGGUAACAAUUUGCUAAAACUUUUUGUCCAUGGUCCUCUCAAAGCUCCAAUUGUCUUCUCAUAGUUUGUAAAUGGGAUGGGAUAACUGAUGUACACAUGUAUAUGUGCUCUUGUUCAUAUUGUGUGCCUAAAAUGGGUACAGAGACAAAUGUUCCAGUUGAUUUUUUAAAUCAAUGAUGCUUGUAUGUCUAUGUCAAUGCCUUUGUUUUGGCUGGUCCUACUGGGUUGGGUUUUUUUUCCCGAUUGUAUCAAUCUUUUCGAACAAAAAUUGGGCCACUUUAUAAAGGCUGCACACGUUUAGUUGGUCUUCUCUCGCAUCUUUUUUUAGCACUAAAGCCACAAUGUUCUCAACUCUUUCAUGAUUAUUUAAAAGAUCAUAUUGCAGCCUGGGAAAGUGAGCAACAAUACAUACAAAUCAGGGGAAGAAAAAUGUCUAUUCUAUUCUCGUUCAUUGUGAUUUGAACAAAAUGAUGUGUCACAACGUGGUGGAAUCAGGCGCUCGUCAAUUUUUGGGCAUAUAAAGCUAUUGGAAUCAUCUUACCGUGUUCAUUUGAAUUGCUUUUAGAAGAAAAAAAAAGAACCUGUCUAUCUUGAAUAGAUGUCAAGAUAUGUGCCUAUGAAUGAAGUGGGAAUUACCUUAUGUCAGAAGUAAAA